UUUGAAAGUGGCGGGCAGCAUCUUUCUAUAGUGAAACAGCGAUUCACGGAUUUGUAUAUUUGUGAGUAACAGUAAGCAACCUCUUUACAUCGGAUAACGGUAUUGUUGGAGGUCGAUCGAGAUUAUGUUUUGCCCCGUCUUGUUUGAAACCUUUUUUGUGUGAAAAGGUGAGCUGAGUAUCCAUUCCUCGAGCAGGAUAAUAACAGACUGCAGACCGGAAGGAAGAAACAUUGCUCUUGUUUUAAACACCCAGUCUUCCAGCAUGACCAAGGAGGAUGAGAAGGCCAUUCCUGUGAGGGUUGCGCUGAGAUGCCGGCCUCUGGUUCCCAAAGAAAUCAACGAAGGAUGUCAGUGUUGCCUCACUUUUGUACCUGGUGAACCUCAGGUGAUCGUUGGAAAUGACAAGGCUUUCACAUACGAUUACAUGUUUGACCCGAUGGCAGAACAAGAGGAAGUGUUCAGCACAGCUGUGUCACCAUUGUUGUCUGGGCUUUUCAAAGGGUAUCAUGCCACCGUUCUGGCCUAUGGACAGACGGGCUCUGGGAAGACGUUCUCCAUGGGCGGCACCUACACGUCGGAACAAGAGAACGAGCCCACAGUUGGGGUCAUCCCGCGAGUUAUCCGGAGAAUCUUUCAGGAAAAAGCUAAAUGCGCAGACUGUGAAUUUGUGUUGGCUGUGUCUUAUCUGGAGAUUUAUAAUGAAGAGAUUUUGGAUCUGCUGUGUACGUCAAAAGACAAACCUGUCAUCAGCAUAAGAGAGGAUCCAAAAGAAGGCAUCAAGAUUGUGGGCCUGACAGAAAAGGAGGUGAUCACUGCUCAUGAGAUGGUGGGUUGUCUUGAGUUGGGGAAUUCUGCACGCACAGUGGGAUCGACAGCCAUGAACGCAGCCUCGUCCCGCUCGCAUGCCAUCUUUACCAUAUCACUAGAGCAGCGGCGGAAAGGAGACAAGAGUGAUGUCAUGGUCUCCAAACUGCAUUUGGUGGAUCUCGCAGGGUCUGAAAGACAGAAGAAAACUAAGGCCGAAGGAGAUCGACUCAAAGAGGGAAUCAGCAUUAACCGUGGGCUGCUGUCUCUGGGGAAUGUGAUCAGCGCGCUCGGUGAUGAGAGCAAGAAGGGAACCUUUGUGCCAUACAGAGACUCCAAACUGACACGCCUCUUACAGGACUCUCUCGGUGGAAACAGUCAUACUUUAAUGAUUGCGUGUGUCAGCCCAGCAGACUCUAACAUCGAGGAGACCAUCAACACACUACGUUAUGCCGACCGUGCUCGUAAAAUCAAGAAUAAGCCCAUUCUCAACGUUGACCCGCGUGCAGCAGAAAUGAAACGGCUGAAACAGCAGGUUCAAGAGCUUCAGGUGAUGCUUUUACAUGCCCGUGGAGGAGUUGCUCCUGUGCUGACUGGGUCAGAGCCAGCAGAGAACGUGUCAAAGAUCCUGGAGCAGAACCGCAGUCUGCAGGAUGAAAACAAUAAGUUGAGUCGAGAGCUGAGUGAGGCUGUGGGACAAACGGCACUCAUGUUUGAGAGGAUCAUCAUGACAGAGCAGGUAAAUGAAAAACUGCAGAGCAAAUUGGAGGAGUUGAGGCAGCAUGCAGCGUGUAAGGUAGACCUACAGAAGAUGGUGGAGACUCUAGAGGACCAGGAGCUAAAGGAGAACGUGGAAGUGAUCCGGAACCUUCAACAGCUCAUCCUGGAACUGCAGAGUGAGAGUGCCGGGAUUGUGGCCACCAUCGAUGCCAUGACAUCAGGGAAUGGUUCAGCUCUGGAGCUACAGGCAGAAGGUGCUGGUGGUUCUGCUUCUGGCUCACCUGUGGGCAGCGGUGCUGAUCCACAGGCCAAAGACUCUCCUGAAGCGUACACUGCUAAGCAUGCACUGCGACAGGCUCAGAUGUCUAAAGAACUCAUUGAACUCAAUAAAGUCCUGGCAUUGAAGGAGGCUUUUGUCAAGAAGAUGUGUCAGAAUGACAGUCAUUUGGAGCCCAUGCAAACGGAAAGUCAGGAGAACAUUGCGAGUCUGCAGGCAGCAGUCGGCUCUCUACAGAAAGAGAAAGAAGAUCUCAUUCACGCGCUGCAUUCUGCUAAGAAGGACACCAAUCAGGCCAAAGUGAGUGAACAGCGCAGGAAGAGGCUUCAGGAGCUGGAAGGACAGAUGUCGGAGUUAAAGAAGAAGCUGCAGGAUCAGUCCAAGCUGCUGAAGCUCAAAGAGUCGUCUGUGCGCAACGUGUCCAAACUCAACCUGGAGAUUCAGGCGAUGAAGUCUCAGCGGGUGCAGCUCAUGCGACAGAUGAAGGAGGACUCUGAGAAGUUUCGUCUGUGGAAGCAGAAAAAAGAUAAGGAAGUCCUGCAGCUCAAAGAGAAGGAUCGUAAACGGCAGUAUGAGAUGCUAAAGCUGGAGAGAGACUUUCAAAAACAGGCCAGCGUACUCCGUCGCAAAACAGAGGAGGCUGCUGCUGCUAACAAGCGUCUGAAAGAUGCUCUUCAGAAGAGGAGCGAAGUGGCGGAGAAGCGUAAAGAAGUUCACAAUCGUGGAGUGGAGGGAGUUGCUAACAGAGUUAAGACCUGGCUACUGAAUGAAGUAGAAGUUCUGGUCAGCACAGAAGAGGCCCGGCGGCACCUACAGGACCUGCUGGAGGACAGGAAGAUGCUGGCGGAGGAGAUUGCUCAGCUUCGGCAGCAGAUGGAGGCGGGAGAGAGACCUAUAGCUAAAGUCAGGCGUCGUACACUGACCAUCUCAGAGUUGGAGGGCCAGGGGGAGCUGGAGGCCUCCAUCAGCAAGCAGGUGGAGAGUCUGGAGACGGAGAUGGGGCUCAGGAGUGCUCAGAUAGCAGACCUCCAGCAGAAGGUUCUGGAUGCAGAUAAUGAGGGCCGGAUGAAGCAGCGCUGGGAUUCCAUCACCACUAUCAAAGAGGCCAAGAGCUCCUUGAAGAUCCUCAUGGCAGAGGUUAUAGCCUCCAAGACUGCUAAUGCCAAACUGGAGAGUGAGCUGAAGCAGGAGAAGGCCAAUCUGCUGGACCUGCAGAAGAUCCUGUGUGAUGAGAGGAAGAUUAUGUCUACCAUGGACAUGGAGCAUCAGGGUCACCUGGUGGAGCUGGAGCAGAGACACCAGGAGAAGGUGCUGUAUCUGCUCGGUCAGCUCCAGAAUAAACCAGUGGAGGAGAAGCAGGAAGCGGUGUCUAAACGCGAGCGAGAGCUGCUGCAGCGCCUCAAGUUCCAGGAAGAGGAAAUCGAAAAGAUGCGAGAACUCCGUGAGCAGAACCAGAAACUCAACGAGGAAAACGAACAAUACAAGGAGAGAUUACUUCUGGCCCAGUUGACCAGUGCCAAGAAAGUCCUCUCUGCUGUGAAUGAGUCACCCGAUACAUCUUUUGAAUAUGUUCCUCCUAAGCCCAAAGCCAAAAACUACUCUACUGCACGAGCACGUCUGCAGGAGCCAAUAGAUCUGGAUGAGCUGAUCUCUCUGUCCGAGUCUGAGAAAGAGGAGGACGAGUGGCGUCCAGAGAAAAACGACAGAGCACGACGAGCCUCCAAGAAGUCCAAAACGACUGGGUGUGCGUGUCGGGGUCGCUGUGUUAACAAGCUUUGUCGCUGCCGCAAAGGAAAAAUUACCUGUGGGGAAAACUGUGUCUGUGACCAUGAGAAAUGCCGCAACAUGGAGAAUCGCACCAAUGUGGACUCUGUCGCAAUUCCGGAGGACCCCACAGCAAUCAGCCCCCAAGAUGCCACAUUUUUCAGACCCGCUAGUGUACCACCCAUUAAGAAGGAGAUUGGAGACAUAAGCCCCCUGCCUGCUGAUCUGAAGCUUGAAAAGAAACCCGUCCCUGCUGACGAGAGCAACAGCGAUGAAGCAGACACCAUGAACAGCACUGCCAGCUUCCUCCGGAGGAACAAGAGAGGUCUAAAUAACUUCAAAAACAGCUUCUUCUCUGACUGCACGCCCAUCCGUGAAGAGCAUUAACCAUUCAAGUUCUGAUAGAUAUGCCUGCUUGUCUGUUCUUUUGUCUAGUCUCUUUUUCAUGUGCUUUAAAUGAAUGCAUUUUUUUGUUAAAGAACUUGAUAGUUGUAAUAUAGUUUAAUAUUGCUUUUCAGUUGCAAUAAUGGCUAACGUACUAGCAAGAUGAACAGCACACGUCAUGAGUAAUUUUAUAAGUUUUUUAACAGUUUGGCAGCAUGAUGCUUAAUCAUAUUUUAGAUAUUCUAUUGAGAAAUGUAGUGACUUGAUUAAAUGAUUG